CCCCUCGGAGUGGCGGCCGCGUCACGUGAUAAUGGCGCGAGGGCCUGGGCUGGUGCUGGUGCCGCCGCCGCUGCGCGCGCCGGAGAACGAUUCUUUGUGGAAUUACAUCCUCUGGUUUAGUUCAAUCUGAAAAGAGUUCAUGCACCCUCAGGCCACUCUGUGACAGGAACUGCAGUCAUAUUGGUGGGGGCAAUGGAGAAAUUACCUUAAAAAACUACACUCCUUGAAACUAAAAGAGUAACCCUGAGAAUUUCCCAAACUUGCAUGGUUUUGAAUUCAGGCAAAAGACUCAAAAUUGGAAUAAUCUUCACAUUUCUCUGAAUACAAAUAAUGCAGCGAAGAGAGGGAAGAGUCAGUGCUGGGUUGCUUUUGCUGCUUUAUCAAAUUUCUCAAAUUGGACUCCAGAACAUUCCUUCUGUUACCCUUGCGGUGCUUGCACUGAAUAUUUUUCUUUUUCUGAAUCCUGUGAGGCCACUGCCUGAAGUGUGUAUCAGUGUCCAUGAAGGUUUCUACAAAAAGAACUGGCAACGUUUACUGCUUUCUCCUGUCCACCAUGCAGAUGACUGGCAUUUAUAUUAUAACAUGAUUUCCAUGCUUUGGAAGGGAAUUAUGCUGGAAAGAAAGCUUAAGAGCAUGUGGUUUGCAUAUAUAAUUGCAGUAUUUUCAGUGCUGAUUGGAGUUGUAUACAUGGUGCUGGAAUUCAUGCUCGUGAAAAUUCUGGAUGAUCCUUCAUAUGAAAUGAAUUGUGCUGUAGGUUUUUCAGGAGUUCUGUUUGCUUUGAAAGUUCUCAACAACCAUUACAACCCAGGAAGAGUCAGCACUGUCUUUGGAUGGCCAAUACCCAGUAAAUAUGCUUGUUGGGUGGAGCUGGUGGCAAUUCAUUUAAUCUCCCCAGGGACUUCUUUUGCUGGGCAUCUGUCAGGGAUUCUUGUUGGACUGAUGUACACUAUGGGACCUCUGAAAAAGAUCAUGAAAGCCUGUGCAGGUGGCAUUUCUUCAUUCACUGAUCCUGCCAGGCCAAGGGACUACUUUUCAGAGCAUUACGGCUAUUCAGGAUAUCAAUACAGAACACCCAGGAACUAUUAUGAGUAUACAGGUGGACUUACUGAAGAAGAACAGCUUGAGAGGGCAGUGCUAAACAGCCUUAAUGAGAGAGAUUUGGGUGGAGCAGCAUACAGUCAUGCACGGCGACCCUUUGGCUUUUGGCUUCCACAUGAGCAGCAUUCAGAAGAGGAAAUAAGAAGGCAAAGGCUUCGUAGGUUUCAGAGAUGAUGGAACUGGCAGGUGUUAGUGUAAAUUAUAAAGUGCUCUCCAGAGUUACCAAAAUAUUUGCAGAUUUAUCUGUAAUCUGCAGAUUAGUUUGUAAUAUUUUCCCAUUUUUUUUACUACUAGUUGAAAAACUGCAGAUUUUCCGAGUUCAGGCACAAAAUUGUAACUUGCAAAAGAAGUGUGAGGCUGGAAUCUCAAUGUGGUCUCAGGCACUCUCCAUACUAAAUGCACUGAUGGUUUUAACAAACUAUCUUUUUCCCUAAGACCUUUUGUGUAUCUUCAAGAAUUCCUUUGCUUUUUUACUACUGGUAUUCUCAGAAAACAGGUUUUCUUAAUAACAGAUGAAAAAAGCAUUACUUUUUUUUUUUUUUUUUUUAACUUACUGUAAAACUAUGCAGUUUUCCCUGACACACUUGUCUCUGUUUACCUAUGCUGAGCUAGAGAAUCUGAGAAUCAGCAUGUGAAAGGUCACUGGAAAAGAUUGCUUUGAUGACAACACCAAGAUCAUAAGAGUGUAAGUUUAGGCUUUUUCAGCAGUCUUGCAGACUGUGUUAAAAAUAGUUACCCUAAGUACUCCUUACUCUGAAGUUAUUAAAUAUAGCCUUGAGUUUUGCAGUCUUCCUUAAAACAUGCUGUUUUAUCUAGAACUUCUAUGGGUGAAAAAAAAAUGAGUUGUAAUUACUUACUAUUUUCUAAACCUUUCUUAAUAUUUCUAUUUUAAAUAAAAUACUUCCCUUCAUAGAGCUGAGAUUCUUAGGAGCUUCAAUGAAUGGGAGGUGGACAUGCCAUACAAAGAAUGUAUUUAUUUAGUAGCUUAUUGUGUUUGUAAAGCAUUUGUUUCUCUUUUUAAGCAGGCUUGGAAAUUGUGCCAUCUAUUUGCUGUUCAUGCAGCUUUAGAGAUUCUCCUGUUGGUGUUUCUCUCAUUUGGUGUCCAGUAGCAGCAGUAAGAGUCUGCAGACUUGUUGAGCUCUUGCCUACAUACAGGCUGCCUUGACAGGGCUGCACUCAGGGUAACUUUGGAUGAACUCCUUCAGGUAGCACAAGAACAAUGUUGGUUUCAUGUAGAAUUUUCUGGCAGAUUGUAAGACCUUUCAGGAAUGCCAGUGGUUGGUGUGUUCUUGGUCUUGGUUGUUUUUUGUAGAUGUGCAGUAGCCACAGAACAGAAGAGCAGGUACUCCCAGUUAACUUUGCUCACUAAAAAUAUGUAUCCAAAAACUGCCUAGAGUUUUCAUAUCUUAGUAAUAAUUCUAUGUCAGUGAGGAACUCGGACUAACCAGGCUCCAGUCAAAACUUAGUGUAAGUUAUUGUGUCUGUUAAACUCUGUUUCAAUUAUUUAAAGCCACUGGAUUAGCCACUAGUCAGUUGAAAACAUAAGUAAAAUGAAGAACAUGAUUACAAUGAUAAAUGCACUCAGUUUUGUCAAGUGAUGUUAGAAAUACUUGCUAUUAUGUAGUCACAAAAGUAGUCAUUACUAAUAAUUG